AUGCUUGUUUCCGCGAGUACAUUGGCCUUGUUGGCGUUGACGCAUGUGGAGGCUAGUCGUGAACACGGGAAGGAGACGUCGAGGGAUGAGACGCUGUUGACUGAUAUUAAUGUUAUCUCGCAGCAUUGGGGCCAAAUUUCCACCUACCGCGACAAUCCCGCCGAUGUCUUUGGUGUACAAGACGUCGGCCUGCCGGAUGGAUGUCAGGUCGAGCAGGUCCAUACCUUGCAAAGACACUCCCAGCGCUUCCCGACCAGCUACUUCGACGACGGGAUAAACGAUGAGCGCUUCGCUGCAAAAAUCCUGAACUUCACCAAGGCGCAUCCAAACGCUCGCUUCAAAGGCCCACUGUCUUUCCUCAAGAGCUACGAGUACCGCAUGGGCGAAUCGUACCUUACCGGACUUGGAGCGACCACGGAGUUUGCGAGCGGUGUCCAGUUCUGGAACCAGUAUGGGCGUCUUCUGUACAAUGCCUCUGUUGGCCAGGUGCAGUACAAUGGGUCGUAUGCCAAUGGGACUGCGAGGCCGAAGCCGGUGUUGAGGACUACGGGCCAGAGCAGGAUUCAGAACUCGCAGAUUUCUUGGGCGUUGGGGUUCUUUGGCCCUUCGUUCUAUGAGGCUGUUGAUCCUACGCUUAGUGCUUUUGGGAAUGGGUCGUUGUUUGAUGUUGUGGUGAUUCCAGAGGGUGGCACUGAGAAUAAUACUCUGGCAUCGUAUGACUCUUGCUUCCGGGACUUGGUUGCGGAUGUUGGAUAUAUUGGCGACAACCUCCUAUUCUACCAAUACGUUUCCCGUUAUCUUGGACCAGCAACUGCUCGGCUGCAGAAGUAUGUACCGAAAGGUCUCAAGCUCAACGUCAACGACACGUACGCCAUGCAAUCGCUCUGUGCCUACGAGAUUGGAUACAUAGGCACGAGCGACUUCUGUGACCUGUUCACUGCCGAUGAGUGGACUGGGUUUGAGCAGACUCUGGACAUUGAGUACUACUAUGACUAUGCCUGGGGUAAUCCGACUGGACGGGCGCAGGGUCUUGGAUAUCAGCAGGAGCUCAUUGCUCGCCUGACGAAGCAGUACAUCACCAGCAGCAACAGCAGCGUCAACAGCACCAUCACAGACAAUGCUGCGGACUUUCCUCUGGACAUACCAUUCUACGCCGACUUUACGCACGACGACAUCAUCGUCUCGCUGCUCACAUCGAUGUCAGUCGACUAUUACCGUGACCAUCCUGAUGUUUCGACCUACCCACCGAACCCAGACCGUCACUUCAUCCUGUCCCGCAUAACACCGUUCGGCGCUCGUCUGAUCACGGAAGUCAUCGGUUGUGCAGAGCCCAACCCAAUGGUGCAGCGCAACAGCAGAACGCAGUACUACCCAACGCAGUACGGAUAUGAUGCGGCGAAUGCAUCGCACAAGUUCGUUCGUAUGCGACUGAACAAUGGCAUUGUGCCACUAGACACGAUUCGCGGUGGGAAAUGUCAAGGCCGAACCGAUGGUCUCUGCCCGAUGGACAACUUUUUGGCCAGUCAGUAUGAAAACAUGGAGCUGGCGAAUUACGACUUUGCAUGCUUUGCCAACUAUACCCUCAACAACGCCACCAACGGCAAUGACUACGACGGCACAGUAAACAACCGCACCGCUGGUAUUGUCGUCCAUCCGGGUCAAUACACCGCGGAGAACAUCGAAAGUUUUGAGUAG